AUGAUAAGCAAAGUCAAAAAUGCGAUGACCACGCUGGUGGGUGGAAUGAUGCCCCACGGUCAUCACCAGCACCACGGAUCCGGGAACGUUCACCACCAGAACUGUCACCAGGACGGUCUGCCUCCACGGUUCCCCUACGGUCGACCUGAGUUUCUGGAUCUUACACCAGAGCUUCUUCAAUACUCGACAGAACAUGCUUCUCGACCGGUGCUGACGUUGAAGAGGGACAGCAGGCUUCCCUGGCGGACGGGAUACGCAGAGACCAUCAAUGCUGGGAAGAGCAUGCUGAAUGAGGACCAGGCGUCCUGUGAGCUGCUGUACGUGAAGAAGCUGAGCAACAAAAAACAGCGUAACUCCACACUGCUGGACGACAAUGGGGACGGCACAGGGAUCCCACUGCAGUACUGGGGCGUGUUCGACGGUCAUGCAGGUUCAGGGUGUGCCAUCAUGGCAUCUAAACUCCUCCAUCGCCUCAUCAGAGACAGACUAGGGGACAUCGCCCACCUGCUGGAGAACCCCUCCGUGACGGCCCCUAUCUGCCUGGCCAAGAACGGCAGCCCCUACCAGCUGGAGGUGAAGAAGGGAGCAAAUUCCACCCAGGACCCAGAGGACCCUAAUGCCAUCAUUGACUCCUCCAUCCGCUUCCACAUGGAAAAGACUGUCAGUCUGGAGAGUCUGAUCAUGGGCAUCAUAGAAAACGCCUUCAAACAGAUGGAUGAACUGAUAGAGAAAGAGAAGACGUCCUUUACCAUCUCUGGUGGAUGUUGUGCCUUGGCUGCCAUCCAUUUAAUGGGGAAGCUCUAUGUUGCCAAUGCAGGAGACAGCAGAGCCAUCAUCAUCCGUAACAAUGAGGUCAUCCCCAUGUCCAACGAGUUCACGCCCGAGUCCGAGAGACAGCGCCUGCAGUAUCUGGGCUUCCUGAGACCGGAGCUGCUUGGGAAUGAGUUCACACACUUGGAGUUCCCUCGCAGAAUCCAGCACAAGGAGCUGAGCAAGAAGAUGCUCUUCAGGGACCACACAAUGAACGGCUGGGCUUACAAGACCAUCAUAGAAGACGACCUCAAGUUCCCGCUUAUAUAUGGAGAGGGUAAAAAGGCCCGUGUCAUGGCCACCAUUGGGGUAACACGUGGCCUAGGGGAUCAUGACCUGAAGGUGUACAACUCCAACAUCUACAUCAAACCCUUUCUCUCCUGCUGCCCAGAGGUGAUAGUGUACGACAUGUCUGAGUACAAGCAUGGCCCGAAUGACGUGCUGGUGAUGGGUACAGAUGGGCUGUGGGACGUGACCACAGACAGGGAGGUAGCAGACGCAGUUUCAGGCUUCCUGUCCUGCUGCGAGCCCACUGAUCCUGUGAGAUACACACUAGCCGCCCAGGACCUGUUGAUGCGGUCGCGAGGGGUCCUGAAGGAGAGGGGCUGGCGGUUACCCAAUGAGAGGCUGGGAUCAGGAGACGACAUCACUUGUUAUGUGAUCCCCUUGGCGGGACCGGCAGGGCCCGAGACAGAGACAUGACAGGCCUUGUCCCACCACCCUAC